AUAAUCCAAACUUUACUCAACAAGAAUUGGCAAAUAAAUUUGAAAUCGGUCGAACAACCGUAGCUGAUAUUCUUGCACAAUCAUUAUAUUGGCUUGGUCUAGAUGAAGAAAGUACUAUAGCACAACAAAAGCGAAAUCGACCACCAGACCAUCCACAAUUAGAAGAAAUUUUUGCACAAUGGUUUGACCUUGCACUAGAAAACCAUUUAACAAUUACAGUAUUAAUUUUACAAGAAAAGGCCAAACAGGUUGUAGCGACUUUAAAAAUUCAAAAUUUUGCUGUGUCUGAUG